AUGACUGGUGCCAGUGACCCCGGCUCAAAGAACAAAGUGGCCAUUCCUCGACAUCUUGGACUCUUGGAUUGUAUAUGGCACUUAAUUGGAGCAAUCAUUGGCACAGGGAUCUUCAUCUCUCCGGCCGGCGUCCUUCGUGGUGCCGGAGGAUCCGUAGGUCUGUCCUUCAUCUUAUGGAUAGCAUGCGCCAUCAUCAAUACGUGUGGCGCCCUCACGCUAGCUGAACUGUCUGUCGUCGUGAAGAAGUCUGGAGGCGACUUCAGCUUCAUCCUCCAGGCAUGGGGACCCCUGAUGGCUUUCAUCCGGCUCUGGGUAAUUCAGUUCAUCAUUGCCCCAAGUGGUGGAGCCAUCGGGGUAAUGACCAUCUCACGUUACUUGUUGACCCCCUUUUUUCAGUGCGUGGAAGUACCUUUCAUGUUGUUCCGCAUCGUAAGCGUCAUCUGUCUUUUGUUUGUUGUUGCAGUGAACUGUAUCAGCGUUCGUUUGGCGUCCAAGGUGGCUGGUAUUCUAAGUGUCACUAAGGUGGUUGGUCUGAUCCUCAUAAGUGUAACCGGGAUACAUUACCUCACACAGGGAAACACUGAACAUUUUCAACAUGCAUUCAAUAUUGGAUCCUAUGACGUCACACUCCUUCCAACGGGUCUUCUAUCAGGAAUAUGGGCGUACAGUGGAUGGAGUGUCGUCACUGGAAUUACAGAAGAAGUGAAAAUCCCACAAAGGAAUAUUCCACUGAGCAUCGUCAUCUCGAUGUCCUUGAUCACGGCGGUAUACCUCAUGACCAACGUCGCCUACCUGACCAUCCUCUCACCCAGUCAGAUAAUGGACUCAGAAGCAGUGGCAGCGGACUACAGCGUUUUAGCUCUUGGAAUGAAGUGGUCGUGGAUUAUCUGGUUAUUUGUCGCCCUCUCCGCUCUGGGAGGUCAAAACAGUGGUCUUUUUACAUCGGCAAGGGUAAGAUUUGCUGCUGCGAGAGAGGGCCACUUUCCAGAAAUCUUCUCCAUGGUUUCCAUCACCCGCUUGACUCCUCUCCCCGCCAUCUUGUUUGCCGUCGUUAGUCUCGUCUACCUCAUCGAGAACGACAUCAUCGUGUUGGUGGAAUAUUUGGGAUUCGCCGAUGUCGUAUUCGAAACCAUCACCGUGGCCAUAGUCCCUUAUUACCGUUGGAAGUACCCAAAUCUUGACCGACCGUACAAGGUUCCUCUUAUUGUGGCGUUGCUGUAUCUUGCUACGUUAAUUUUCAUUGCAACCAUGUCUCUGUACGCUGAUCCUGUUAAGAAAGGCACUGGUCUACUUCUUGGGUUGAUUGGAAUUCCAAUUUAUUAUGCCCUAGUUCAUCCGAAAUACAAGAUCAAGUGCAUCAGACCUGUUUCGGCAAAGAUAACGAGAUUUCUCCAAAAAGUUCUCUAUUGCGUGCGACAGGAGAAGAAGACUUUCUGAUGUCCUGAUCCACCAUCCCCGAUCAGACAAACUUGAUGGAUGACAUGUUCUUUUGACGAGGUGAUGCUGACUUUCUUUCUGAAAUAUCAAUAGGAAGGUUUUCUUACUCCGUGACGCACGACGGAUUCAAGAACAGAGUAAAUGUGUUGAAAACAUUUAUAUCUAAAUAAAUAUAGUAAAAUUCACUGAUCAAA